AUGACUCCUUUUGAUUUUGCUAUGAUCACUGGUCUGGGCGUGGGAAGUGAUCCUAUUCCCCUAGAUCCCGACAUGGGGGAGUGGGUGGCUGCAUGGGAUGUAUUACUUGGAGCACGUCCACCCCUUGCACGAGCGGGUAUGGUUAGAUGCUGUUGGUUCAAGGAGCACUACCGUGGGGAGGAUCCCGAGACCGAUGAGGGGGUAGAUCAGUAUGUCAGGGGCUUCCUCCUAUUCCUUUUUGGCACCACCAUGUUUUCGAACAGGUGGAAUACCGUGGGCUUGUACUUCUUGAGCACCCUGGUGCUGCUUCCGCGGGUCCAUUCCCACAACUGGGGCGCAGCCGGCCUCACCACUCUUUAUGGAUACAUGAGCUCUACUUCUCGGAUACGUGGGAGAUUGAUUGGAGGCUACUGGCGAGCUUGGGAGCUUUGGGUAUAUGCACACUUCCCAGCGCUUGCUCCAGAUCCGGUGGAGGAGACUGCAGUGACGGUCCCGUUCUCUGAUGUAUAUGACGGUCCGCCCCGUCGUAGGACUCGGAAGGGCUUCAUGUUCUUUCGGCAGUACUUUGACACGGUUGCGGCGGGCGAGAUUACAUGGCGACCAUGGGAGGUGAUUCCGUCAGGACUCCAGGAUCGGUAUCGCGUCGCCCAGAUUAUGUCUCAGUACCGUAUCCUCUUCGAGGGGCCGAUCUAUUGA